AUGUCGAGGAACAUUAUGCCCUCAUUUUCACGCCUCGUCCGUUUCGUCGCCCGCGAUGGCCAGACGUAUUAUGGCGAUGCCAUCCUCCCAGCCGGCACAACUGAUAUCUCCAAGGCUCGCCAAGCUCGCAUAAUUCAGGGCGAUAUUUUCCGCACACACCGUGUGACCGAUGAAGUCACUGAUAUCCGCCUGCUGCUCUCACCCCUUGCUCUUUCAGAGACGGGCACGCUGCGCUGCUUGGGUCUGAAUUACUCGCUGCACGCAAAGGAAUCCAACAUGCCGGAGCCCAAGUACCCAGUCCUCUUCUACAAGCCUCGCACGUCUUCCGCAGGCCCUAGCGACCCUAUUCCCGUGAGCGCCAUGGCACAGCAGCAUGAGGGGCUGGACUACGAGUGUGAGCUGGUGAUUGUCAUCGGCAAGAGAGGUCGUGACAUUUCCGAAUCGGACGCUUUGAACUAUCUCCUUGGCUACGCGAUUGGCAACGACGUGUCGCACCGCGACUGGCAGAUCAAGCUUGGGGGUGGCCAGUGGUCGCACGGCAAAGGCUUCGAUGGCUGGGCUCCCUAUGGUCCAGGCAUCGUGAGCCCAAGUGUGAUUCCCGACCCCCAAAAGCUCAGGGUCUGGACAAAGGUCAACGGGGAACUGAAGCAGGACGAGUCUACCGCUGACAUGAUUUUCGACGUUCGAAAGGCGAUCGCCCUCCUGAGUCAGGGCGUGACGCUGAUGCCGGGAGAUUUGAUCUUUACUGGAACACCAUCUGGCGUAGGCAUGGGCCAGAAACCAAAGCCUAUCUGGCUGAAGGACGGGGAUGUCGUCGAAGUCGGGCUGGAGAACGUCGGGACAUGCACGAACAAGGUCGAGUUUGCCCGCACCCAGGCAAAGCUGUAGAUGUCAGAAGGUUAGUCGGGAGCGUUUGCACCAGGGGCUAGUGUUCAGUUCUCCCGUCGCCCUGGUGUUGACCCACGAAACAGGCCUUGGCAGGACGGGCAUAUCAUGCCGGUCCAAGUGCAAGUAAAGUCUGAGACUCCAAAAUCUCAUUCAAUGGAUUGUUGGGAUUUUUGAUUCCAGGGUAAUCUCGGGGUCUGCAAAGUCUUGUGCACUACGUACUGAUGAUUGACUCCCACGCCAGCGAGCUGAAGAAGUUAUGCAUGCCACGAGGCAUCAGAACAGUCUCCGUGUGUACACUGUCAACAAAAAUCCUUU